AUGCACCAAGUCGUUGUAACAGUUCAACAACCAGAAGAUAUUGUCAACGAUGAAGCACCGAUUAACCUAGCCUCCCCACGCCACGAGGAAGAGAAAACCCGCCUUCUCUCAUCCCUCUCCCGUUCUAACGGCAAAUGGGACGCCCACCACCCGCGCCACCGCCUCUUGGACGCGCUGUACGCCUACGUCCGCUAUGAGGAGCGCCAGACGGCCGAACUGGACAAGUGGCGCCGCUUCUACAAGAGCGCCUCGGCAACCCAGAGGAAGCUCCUGGAGCGUGAGGUCGGUUACACCGCCAAGCUCGACGCCGUCGCCGCCCUCAUCGCCCACAACCAGCGCCUCUGUAACGCCAUUGUCGAGAACGGCUUGCGCUUCUACGAGAUUGACCGCCCCGAGCUCGACGACCAUAUCCGCCUCCGCGAGUCCGACGGCAAGGUCGCCGACCGCGUGAGCGUCUCCCAGGCCCUGAAGCAUUACGUUCGCGACUGGGCUGCCGGCGGUCGCGGGGAGCGUGAUGCCGCCUUCCCCUGCAUUCUUCAAGCCCUGCAAUCUCUCUUCCCCGACCGCCGCCUUUCCGGUGGAGAACAGCCACGACCUGCCGUCAAGGUUCUCCUCCCUGGAUCUGGAGUCGGGAGACUGAGUCACGAAAUAUCUGCGCUUGGCGGCUUCGAAGUCACAAGCAACGAAUGGUCCGUGUACAUGAACCUCGCCUACCGCUACCUGGAAGCAAACCCAGGCGUGGCGUCCAGCAACGUUCACCCUUUCAUCGACAACUGGUCCCACCAUGCCACCACGGCCGACAUGUUCCGCGGCGUGACCUUCCCUGACAGUACCAUCGACCCGUCCACCGUCCUGCUCGUCGAAGGCGACUUCACCAAGGUCUUCGCCAGCACUAAGCACCGCCGUCAACAGUUCGAUGCCAUCGUCACUCACUUCUUCAUCGACACCGCGCGCAACCUCAUGGCCUACUUCGACACCAUCCACGCCCUGCUCCCCGUCGACGGCUACUGGAUCAACUUCGGGCCCCUGUUGUACGGCACCGGGCCAUACGUCCAGCUCAGCCUCGAGGAGAUCGUCUCCGUCGUCACUGCCAUGGGCUUCGAGUUUGUCGAUGCCCCCGAGGUGUGCGGCCACCUGACGUUCGAGGGUCAGAAGAUCAGGGGACGCGAGGCCUCGUACGGCUUCAACGAGAAGGCUUUGGUGAAGAACGCCUAUCAGGCCCAGGCCUGGGUGGUGAGAAAGAUCAAAUGA